CCCAUCCUCCCAGCCGCCGCCGCUGCUCCUCCUCCACCUCGGGAUCCCCUUCCGAUCCAAAAAUCCUCCCUCGAUUUUCCAACCGGACCAACCACUCAUCACCGCCCAAAUUCCACCCGCACGCAGCCAGCCACAACCUCCUCCCGAUCCAUCCACCGUCGUCGUCCCGCGCGUCACCUGCCAGCUCGUCGGAGACGUCUCCUUCCUCCCACGGUUCUCCUCCUUCCCUUGGUUCCUCUUUUCACUCCCGAAGCCUCAUUCCUCUAUCUGUUCGUGCAACAGGAGCUCUGCCUCGACACCAUGGUCGUCGCCCCGCUUCUUCGAGACCAGCCGCCGUUGAUCUGCAUCCAUGCCGCCUCCUGCCGUCAAACGCUAGCCAGGAGCCUGAGCUCCUCCUUCCCGAGCCGCAGCCAACGCCCGCUCAAGCCCCGGCUCCUCCUCGCUGGACCUCCACGAGCACCUCCAGCUUCACAGGAGACCGACGCAUACGCCAUGGAUGCUGCCGCCCCGUGCUCCGUCUCUGAACCACUGGAACAAGAUGAGAUCGACCAGAUCCGGUGCCUCCUGCUCGGAUCCGCGCCCCCCACGACCUCGCUGCAGCUCUGCGUCGCCGCAAGUCCCUGCCGCCGCCCCUGUGUCCCCUGCUUCCCGUCGCGAGCUCCAGCGCCGAUAUUCCUCUGUUUUCUGUCGAACAGAGAGCGACGCGCCUAUAGCCUCCCCACCUCGCGCGUCUAGGCCACUUCCAGCGCCUGCAAGGCCCAGCGCCGCGCGAGCCCUCUUUCGCCUUCGCCGUGGGCCGCCAGAUCCACCGACCGACCUCAAGGCCCAAUGUGAGCAGCUUCCCCCGCGCCCUGGGCCAGAUCUCUAUUUCGGCCCAUGUAUUUUUUUAAUGCGCUAUGAAUUAUUCCAUUUAUCCAGAGACCGUUGUUUUACAGAAAACCCCCUAGAAUUCAUGCAUAUAAUAACUCCACAACCGUGCAUCAUAUGUAAAUAAUUUAUAUAUGAAAAAUGCUUAAUUUUUCAUCUAGUUUCAUAAUA